AAAAAAAACUCAACGAAAACAGCAAUAAACAUAACCUCCUGCGUUUUCAAAAGAAUAAUAAAUUUUUCCUCAAGAUUUUUUCCUCAAUAUCUCAAUGUCAUAAGUUCACAAGCAUUCUCUGUGGUUGUUCCAGUUCUCGGUAGUUUUAUUUGAAUCCCAAAAUUGUUUUGAGACAGUGAAAAUUUCUAAAAAUUAUUCUUAGAAAAAUCAAUCAAGCAGCAUGUCGCUAAUUGCAAAAUUGGCACGUUUUGCCCAAAAAUCCCAGUUAUUAGUGAAUUUAAGGCAUAGUAAUGUAAGAUUCCUCUCUUCCGGCUACCAAAAAGCCCUCGCGAGAUACCCACUGCUUACACAGUCAGUACAGACGGGUAUUCUUAUGGCUUCGGGGGAUUUAAUUGCCCAAACAAUGGUGGAGAAAACAAAUGUAAAUAAACUGGAUUAUCGCAGAACUGGGCAAUUUUUUGCCAUUGGUUUGCUCAUGGCAGGGCCAGGACUGAGAUUUUGGUAUGGUGUUUUGGAUCGUCAUAUUCACGGGAGGAAUCUUAAGAUAAAGACACUGAAAAAAGUAGCUCUGGAUCAACUAAUUUUCGCUCCCACCUUCAUGAUGGCUUUCCUGGGGGUUGUUGGUGUAAUGAAGGGUCAAAAUCGCGUUGAAAUUGAAGAAAAAAUCCGUGCAGAUUAUUUAGAUAUCCUCCUGACAAAUUACUGCAUUUGGCCGUGGGUGCAGUUAGCUAAUUUUUCCGUUGUUCCCCUCAACUAUCAGGUAUUAGUUGUACAAUUUGUUGCCAUAUUCUGGAACACGUAUUUAUCAUGGAAAACGAACAAAUCGCAAGAGAAUCUUGCAAUGUCGACGUGAGUAAAAGAUUGUAAUUUUUUAUAGAUCUACAAUCAAGAAAUGAUUUUUUUUUAAUUCAAUUGACAGAGGUACACAAUGAUUUUUGAUUACGAAUUUUUCUUAAUCCUUUUUUUUUCUGAAAUACAAUAUUUCGUGCAACAGACAUAUUUUUUAUAGUUUUUUUUUUACUGAAGUCAGAUGAAGAAAAUCAAGAAUAGUUUUUUUUUUCUUUUUAAAUUAAGUAUUUUACUUGUGAUGUGUAGCGAUGCACAAUAAAAUGUAAUUGUAAAUUACACAAACAGAUCCCAAUUUAAACAUGUUCCUAAUUAACUCGUUUUUUUUUCUUCUUUAAAUUUCCUUUACGUAUAUGCAAAAUGUUGCCAAUCAUUGUAUUCUUCUCGCAAUAUGAACACCGUCGCACAAUUGUGCGAAAUACAAAUUUUGGUAUUUAUUUCUUUAGCAUCUUAUACGUGAUAAUUAAAAUAAAUUUUUCUAUAUGUUUUGGUUUAACUUUUUCAAACAUUUUCUUUUUGUUAAAUUCACUUUCCUCACCGUGUAAAAAAACUACCUAAAAUAUAUUAUCAAUGUAGAUUUUCCUCUAUUUUUUUUCUUAUUGUCCUAUAUCUAUUGACGAAAUAAAAGAAGCGGAUAAAUAAAUAGUGGAAUAGUUUUCUCUCUAAAAUGAAAGUAAAUUUAAAAAAAAUAAUUGUGAUACUACAAAAACGGUGGUAAUGACGAUUUUAUUUUACUUUUUCUCUCUCUAAAAAUGUAAUUUUUUUUGAGUAGUUAUUUCUGCAAAUCUAGCUGAAAAUAAAAGUGUAAUUUGUAGGAACUAAUUUUAUACAAUAAUGUUCUUGACUAUUGAAAAGAUUUUUCACUUAGCCACUACUGUAAAUGCAAAGAAGGUUUUUUUCUCUUUCACGAUUAUAUAAUUCCAAUAAGAGCCUUUAAUAGUUCAGAAAGCUCCUAAAAUAUAUUCUCUAUAUGUAAUUAAAACAUGUUACUGGAUUUUAUUUCACUAAUAAAAUAAAGUCAUUAAAUCAA